AUGACAACUGCAAUGUCGUUACCGGAAAAAUACUGUGUUAAGCAGGACAACUACAAUGUCGUGACCGGAAAAUACUGUGUUAAGCAUGACAAUUACAAUGUCGUUACCGGAAAAUACUGUGUUAAGCAUGACAACUGCAAUGUCGUUAUCGGAAAAUACUGUGUUAAGCAUGACAAUUACAAUGUCGUUACCGGAAAAUACUGUGUUAAGCAUGAAAACUGCAGUGUCGUUACCGGAAAAUACUGUGCUGAUCAUGACAACUGCAAUGUCGUUAUCGGAAAAUACUGUGGUAAGCAUGACAACUACAAUGUCGUUACCGGAAAAUACUGUGCUAAUCAUGAAAACUACAAUGUCGUUACCGGAAAACACUGUGUUAAUCAUGACAACUACAAUGUCGUUACCGGAAAAUACUGUGUUGAUCAUGACAACUACAAUGUCGUUACCGGAAAAUACUGUGUUAAUCACGACAACUACAAUGUCGUUACCGGAAAAUACUGUGCUAAUCAUGACAACUACAAUGUCGUUACUGGAAAAUACUGUGUUAAUCACGACUUUUUAUAA